AUGCGUGGCUUAUCGGUGACAUUUAAUGAGCAAGCUGUCAAAGAGUGUUGUAAUAAAUUGGGACUUCAAUUGAUUGUGCGAGCGCAUCAAAUGCAAAACGAGGGUUUCAAAUUUUUUGCUCAAAAAAAGAUGCUCACUAUUUUUAGCGCACCAAGAUACAUGCUCGAAUCCAAUGUGAGUUUAAAUCCUAAAACAAAUAUCCCAUUCUGAAGAAGUUCAAAAAUUAUGAUAUAUUUUAGAACUUGGGUGCUUUUCUUAAAGUAAAUGAGCAAGGAGCUUGUUCGAUUGUUCAAAUGAAGGCCUUCACAACGGAAAAGAUCAAAUCCGCUCAACAUGAUAGCACUAGAGAGGUUCUCAAAAAAUAAAUGAUUUUAUUUUUUUGAGUGCAUUUAUUAUUUGAAUGACCAGAAAACAGAGUGUUGAAAAAACUGAUAAGGUGAUUAACGACUUUAGAAUGUCAUUGCACUUAUGUGUGAAAAAUAUGAGAAAGGUUUGUAGUUUGACGUGAUGAUUUUUGAUAAUUUUGCAAAACGUCACUAAUUUUGGAAGAAUCAAGGAAACAAGGAAUGCGGAGAUUUUUUGUGGGGUAACUGAAAAGUUGAAAUAAUUAUUACUUUAGUUUUUCCAGAAAAUUGCUGAAGCUGAUAAAAUUUAAAUUCCUCAAAUGUAUAACAAACAUCAACAUAGUUAUUUUUGAACAUGGACUCCUUCUGAACGAUCGUUCAUUCGAAUGUCUAUUUUCUUAUCGCUUCUCCGGAUUCCCCGGUGAAGCUGCUAUCCAAAAAUUUAAGUUGUUGACACAUUCUUACAAAUGGUCAGAACUCCAAAUUACCUUAAGUAACUGGGUGUAAACCAAAUCAACUUCCUCCUCUCCCCAUUUUCAAAGAACACACUAACCGACAUUCAAACGGGUCUGCGGAUAGUGGCUCUGUGUGUAGAGGCGCAGAGAAAAAAACGACUGUUUUUUUUAAAUUUUUUUGUCUGAAAAAUAAACUUUUUUUUUUGAAAAUUAAAAAUAAGAAUAAAAACGUGGACCAAAAUUAAAAUGGGGAUUUUGAUCGAGAAAUGAUUCAUUUCAAAUUUUAAAAAAUGUUGAAAAUAAUUCUGCUUGUGUUUCUUGUUUUCGUGAUAAAAAUCAAAUUCAAUUGAAAAUGUUUUGUAUUUGAAUAAUGGAGAUUAUCUACCAUUGUUGAAUAGAGAAGCGAAAGAAUUCGAAAAAAACGAUGAAACUCUGGAAUCGGAUAAAAUCAAAAUUGUGAGUUCUCCAUUCAAAAAUUUCUGUUUUCGAGACACUUGUACUCCUUUUUUCUCUAGAAAUAUGCUCAUAUAAUAAUAACAAUGGCAAUGUUCUGGAUUCCAACACUUUUUAUUCUAAUUCAUUUAUCUCGAAAUAUUCCAAUAAAUCAUCAAACUCGUGCAAUUCACUAUGUUCAAGAGACCAACUCUGAAAAAUUGGCAAGUUUUUUAUCUCUUUUUUCCCCACAAAAUAUUUAAAAAAAUUUAAUAACUAAAGUUUUCAGGAGACAGCUUUCAACACAAUGAAAAAGAAUUUGGGAGAUCGUGGAAGUGAUGUGAGCUUUUGACCGCCAACUUAUUCUUAAAAAUUAAUUCCAGGUCUCCUCAUUUUAUUUUUAUCAACAAUGGACUGGUUAUGUUUCGACGGCGAGCAAAUUGAUGAGAACUUUUGAGCAGGAUUUUGAUCCGGUGAAAGGGAAAAUGACACCCGAGGAAUAUUCAAGGGUAAGUGGAUUUUUAUUCUGAAAUUUUCAAACCAAAAAAGUUCAAGGACAUUUGAGCCAGGCUAUAAAAAUCUGGCAGAAUAUUUUUCUAAAAUAAUUUUGUUGUUCAUGAAAAUUCUCAAAAAUCCAGAUAAUUUUUAGGCGACAAAUCGUGAAAUCGAAACCAUGACUUUGAAUCCAAACAAAAUAAUUGAGGAUGAUCUUUGA